UAGCAAAACAUCCGCAUUGACGCUCGCGCGUCCAGUCAGCGAGCACGAGGAAACUUUUCAACCUUUCUGCUCAUCAAAACAAGAAACCCCCGAGGUUCUCUUAUCACGGUCACUUCCUUCAGACCAUGCCCCACGACCCCGACCCUCCCCCGGCUAAAAAAUUCAAGCCGGGGUCCGUGUUUUUCCGCCUGGAGAAGAAUAAACCUGGAAUGCUGCUGCCCAGAAAGGGAAAUGUGACCACGCCGAUUGACGUCCAGAGGAAACAGCUUCCAAUCUACCAGGCGAAACCUCGGCUACUGAACGAGCUAAGACGGCUUCAUAAUGCUAUUGUUAUAGGUGAGACUGGCUCUGGGAAGACCACUCAGAUCCCUCAGUACCUGUUUGAAGCUGGCAUCGGGAGGCAGGGCUUGAUCGCCAUCACCCAACCACGUCGGGUUGCUGCAAUCUCACUGGCAGGAAGGGUGGCCGAGGAGAAGAGGACUCAGCUUGGGAAGCUGGUUGGCUACACGGUGCGUUUUGAAGAUGUCACCUCACCUGAGACGAAGCUGAAGUUCAUGACCGAUGGGAUGCUCCUGCGCGAGGCCAUUGGAGACCCCUUGCUGCUGCGCUACACUGUGGUGAUCCUGGAUGAAGCUCACGAGCGCACCGUGCACACAGAUGUGUUGUUUGGUGUGGUGAAGACCGCUCAGCGCAGGCGCAGGGAGCUGAACAAGAUUCCCUUGAAGGUCAUUGUGAUGUCUGCCACGAUGGAUGUGGAUUUGUUCUCAGAGUACUUCAACAAGUCGCCUGUGUUGUACCUUGAGGGGAGACAGCAUCCCAUUCAGAUCUACUACACCAAGCAGCCCCAGUCGGACUAUCUGCAGGCUGCACUCGUUUCUGUCUUCCAGAUCCAUCAGGAGGCACCACAGUCCCAUGAUAUCUUAGUGUUUAUGACAGGCCAGGAGGAGAUCGAGGCUUUGGCCAGGACAUGCAGAGACAUCGCCAAGCAUCUUCCUGAUAGCUGUGGCCCCAUGGUAGUUUUCCCUCUGUACGCAUCGCUGCCCCCAGCACAGCAGCUCAGGGUCUUCCAGCCAGCACCCAAGGGCUGCAGGAAGGUCAUCCUUGCCACCAAUAUUGCAGAAACAUCAGUCACAAUUUCUGGGAUCAAAUUCGUCAUCGACACAGGGAUGGUGAAGGCCAAACGGUUCAAUCCUGACAGCGGUUUGGAGGUGCUGGCGGUUCAGCGAGUUUCCAAGGCACAGGCGUGGCAGCGAGCCGGCCGGGCUGGUAGGGAGGAUGCUGGCAUCUGUUACCGGUUAUAUACCGAACAGGAGUUUGACAACCUCAUUCCCAUGACCGUGCCUGAGAUCCAGAGGUGUAACUUGGCUGGUGUGAUGCUGCAGCUUAUGGCGCUGGGCAUUCCUGAUGUGAUGAAUUUUGAUUUUAUGUCUAAACCUUCUCCAGAGACCGUCCGCUCUGCUGUAGAGCAUCUGGAGCUGCUGGGAGCGUUGGAGAGGAAGGACGGGCAGGUUCUCCUCACUGCUCUGGGCAAGAAGAUGGCCAGCUUCCCACUGGAGCCCAGAUAUGCCAAGACCAUCCUGGUGUCCCCAGACUUCUGUUGUUCUGAGGAGAUCCUGAGCAUUGUGUCCCUACUGUCAGUGGACACAGUGCUGUACAACCCUCCGGCCCGGCGGGAAGAGGUACUCGCAGCGCGGAAGAAGUUCACUUCUAGUGAGGGAGACCACAUGACACUCCUCAACAUCUACAGAGCUUUCAAGAAAGUCGGCGGUAACAAGGAGUGGUGUCGGGAGAACUUUGUCAACAGCAGGAAUAUGGGUCUGGUGAAAGAAGUCCAGGCUCAGCUCAGAGAAAUCUGUCUGAAGCUGAACCUGAAGCUUGUGUCGUGUGGGGUGGAUACGGGGAACAUCCGCCACUGCCUCGCCCACGGGAUGUUCAUCAGUGCUGCUGAACUGCAGCCUGACGGAAGCUACUUGGCUCUGGACUCCCACCAGGUCGUUGCCAUCCACCCAUCAUCCGUCCUUUUCCAGGCCAAGCCUGCAUAUGUGGUCUUCAACGAGCUACUGCACACAUCCCGCUGCUACAUGAGAGACCUGUGUUUGGUCGACGCAGACUGGCUGCUGGAUGCAGCACCAGAGUACUUUGGCCGGAAGCUGCAUAUCACCAGGAGCUAACAGGAUGCACAUCGCACUCUUAAAUAAGGGACUUGUUUACCUUUCGGGCUCCACUACCUCCCUGCUGACUUGGAUCAGGCAUUUCUCACUGUAGCUGUGCAAAUCAGGGCCUCGCCAUGUUGACUUCCUCCAGGCCGUGGCUCUAUGUGACUGUAUUUUUUUUUAAACCAGUGAUGCUAUUUUCUUAAACUUGCUUCAGCUUCACUGGAGCACAGUUCACAAAGAAAAAAAACGUUGCCAAAUUUCUGGCCAAGCAGACUCUGGCCGCAUAUUUCAGUGUAACUGAAUAAUAGCAAUGAAUUUGUUUGCCUUUAAAACAUUAGCUUUUCAGAGUCUAAGAUCAGUGCCGUCUUAAACUUUCUCAGCAGCUAGUUUGGGUUUAUACAGAUGGUCUUUUAGAACUUUCUGCAAAGACAGUAAAUACUUAUAAUCUAUUGAACAGAAAACUUGAAAACUUUCAAAUGUAAUGAAAGUACAAUAUUUCCAUAUGCUGAUGGGGGGGCACUUCUACAUGCAUCGCUUGCUAUGUUGGUUCGUGCAUGUGAUAAGUGUGACAUUGACAUGCAUGUGAAAGGAUGUGGCAUGCCUUCUCUCUCCAUGCUCUAAUCUUUAAUGUGUGUUGAACAAGUUGUUACACACAUGGUAUUGAGUAUGUUGACAGCUGAUGUAUGCAGUGAGUGCAUGAAGAUAAAACUCAAUAAUCUAGAAUGCAAUUUGUUACUUUGAAAAUUUUCUUUUUUUUUCUUACUCUGUACUCAGGUUUGUAUAAUGUAUACUGUAACCUGAAAAAAUGCAUAAUCACUUUUUAACUCUGCUACAACAAAUGUAUUUUGACGUCCCUGCAGAGAAUCACAAAACCUAUGUUUUUUAUGUAGACUGAAUUUCUUAGGGUUAGGGUGAGUAACUAAGGGUGAAACUUUUACUUUACAUGCAUGCAUGUAGUUUGUAAGAGUAAAUGCAAGCAUUGAAUAAGUUCAGAAAGGGCAUACUGUCUAUGUUGAGGAUUUGUUAUAGUCUUGCAUAACCACAAUUUUUUUUUAUUAAAAAAAACUAAAUUUUCCACGUGUUCAGAA